AUGGUUUUGAUAAGAAAAGCUCUAUAUUUGACGUUGUUUUAUCUCACAUUAAUUCGAUCGCAAUUUCAUCUUGAAAUUACUGAUUACACAAGAGAUAGUGUUGGAUGGGAACACGAUUGUUUUUAUCUUCUUGUCGACACAGGUUACUUCAAUGAACCUUUACAAAUCAUUCCAUAUUGUUUAAGCGAAUGGCCAACAAAAUGGGAUAUUCAAGAGAAUUCUGCUGUACAAAAAUACACGUUUGCAACGUUAUCGAAUCUUAGUAUUACCAGUGAACAAUUAUACGAUUGGUCAGCACCAAUCGAUCUAAUUGAACAUUAUCAAUUCUAUUUGAAUCACAAGAAUACUUCAUAUUUAUCUGAACGAGUUGUUUAUAACUGCACAUUACCAAGAUUUGGUCCGCAAUGUCAAUACUCGUUCGAAGGAUUCGAAUCGUCGGAUUUCUCGUUGAAAGAUAUUAUUGAAAGAUACUACUCAGUAGAAUACGCUCCGACGACAUUGACGUGUUAUAUGCAUUUAAAAUGCGACCGAGGUUUGCCGGAGAUGUGUCUUGAUUGGACAGAAAUUUGUGAUGGGCAAGUCGAUUGUUUAAACGAUGCUGUUGAUGAGAAAUAUUGUGGACAAUUAGAAUUGAAUCAAUGCGAUGCGAACGAAUAUCGAUGUAAAACUGGACAAUGCAUACCUGACAUAUUUCGUCAAGACUCUUUCGAGACCGCUUAUAAUUGUUUGGACAAGGUGGAUGAGUAUUCAAUUUACUCGAAAACAAAUGGUAAACGUACGAUGCAACCCAUCUUUUCCAAUGAAGAUAUCAGAUGCGAAAGAAUUGAUCGAUUAACAAUUCUACUAACCAGUUCAUGUGAACCCAAACGUCAGUCAAUUAUUCGUGAUCUUAUGGUAACCAGUAAACCAGAGUUCGUAUCUGAUCAGUGUUGGUAUGCAUAUCAAUGUUAUUUUGCUAUUAUUCAUCAAUACCAUCGCAUAUGUAAUAUUCUUUGUCCAAAUACGGAAACAUGUUUCGAUAUCAUUAACAGCACCAUAUGUCCUGAUAUGUUAUUCAUUCCAAAUACGCCACUCUUUUUUGGUCACGUCUAUUUUGUUUAUACAAAACAAACUGCUCGUAAUCUGUCUCUUGGAUCGCCACUCAGAAGAAUUAAUCGACCUACGUACAUUUGUUACGAUGAUCGAUUAUGUCAAGGAUUUAUUUCUAAUAAAACAAAGAUAGUAUUAAAUAAUCUUACAUGCCGUUCUCCGUUGGAUUUUCCAGUGGCAGUUAAUCUGUUUGCUCAAGAUUGGUUGACAAGAUUUGUUCUCCCUGCAUUUAAAUUUUUCUCGAAAUGCAACGGUAUUGUUGACAUAUGCAAUGGUUCAUCGGUUUAUCGUUGUGCUAAUACGUCGAAAUGCAUCAGUUACCAACAAAUUGGCGAUGGACACGUUGAUUGUCGUCAAGACGACGAUGAAAAGCAGAUUGUUAUUGACGAGAUUUGUUCGAAGGACCGAUUGAAUAUAUUUUAUUAUUGUACAUCGACGAAUAAAUGUAUCCACAGGAAGAAGCUUUAUGACCGAGAAUGUGACUGUGGGGAAGAUGAAAAUGGUUUGUGUGAAGAUAAAGAUUUGAUUCUUCAUACUAUUAGAAAGCGGAUUGCAUUUCCCAUGACUUGUGAUGGUUUUCCUGAUUUAUUACCUAUCCUUAUCGACGGAAAAAACGAAACUGACGAAACUGGAUGUGAUCUAUGGGCGUGUAAUAAUACUUAUACACGAUGUGAUAACAAUUGGAAUUGCGCGAAUGGAGCAGAUGAAGUUAAUUGUCAACCGUCACUACUUUGUAUGCCUGAGCAUAUGUGCAUACAUUUGGAAUAUGCCAGAGACCUAUGUUUUCCUGUAAAAAAUGGUAGUGUUGAUAUUCUAAAUUGCUUAGAUUUGGACGAUCAAAAACAAGUUUGUCGAUCGAACGCAUAUUUAGUCAAGUUUGACGAGGAUUUAUGCGUGGAUCCUCCAUUGGAAGAAUGUAUAUAUCUUCAACAAGCUUAUGCAUCGGAGAUAGAGUGUAAUACGUUCUAUCUUCCAAAUAUGUGCCGCCGAACGUCCGACUUAACAAUAUUUCAUACUGAGUAUGGUCGAUUUUGUUCGCCGACAGAUUAUAACUUUUCCACAUUUGCAUAUGAACAAAAUAUACAGCAGACGAGAAUACUUCCGAUUCAUUUCGCAUUGGACGUAGUCGAACAACCUGUAAUAGACAACACAUUGAAGAUGGAACCUUUGAAAGCAGUCCAAUACAAUCAGCGUUGCCAUCGCGGCUUACCGCUAAUCGUUUGGAUCGAUCGAGAGAAAAAUUUAACGAAUACCACAUGCCUUUGCCCACCGAGUUUCUAUGGGAAUAUUUGUCAAUAUCAGAAUCAACGCGUGAGUCUUUCGUUGAAAUUUCAAGUGUACUCCGAUUCUCAACAAACAUUAUUUAGUAUUCUCAUUUUUCUUAUUGACAGUAGUGAACAACGAACUGUUCAUUCGUACCAACAGUACACUUUUCUUCACGCUCGAGAUUGUGAGAUCAAAUUUAAUAAUUAUCUACUUUAUUCGAAUCAAACAAAUGACAACUCGAAAAACUAUUCGAUACAUAUUGAUAUUUACGACAAGAACCUUCUAAACUAUCGAGGAAGUAUAUUAAUACCAAUUCAGUUUCCAUUUCUCCCGGUGAAUCGCAUCGCUACUCUGCUGACCAUUCCACGCGUCAAUGAAGAAUUGAUUGAUUGCUUUGACGAAUACUGCGUUCAUGGGCAGUGUGUCAAAUAUGCUAAUGACACCAAACAAACCACUUUCUGUCAAUGUCAUCCGGGAUGGUCUGGUCAACAUUGUUCUAUUCAAUAUAAUUGUACCUGUUCGAAUGGAUCUAUUUGUACUGGUAUCACAGCUACCAAUCGAUCGAUUUGUCUUUGUCCAAUAGACAAAUUUGGUUCUCGAUGUUUGCUGGACAAUUCCGUAUGUAAAUCGAAUCCAUGUUUAAACAAUGGCCAAUGUAUUCCUCUUGAUCAACAUCGAAUAGUUAAUCAAUCAUUCUAUUGUCGAUGUCGAAAAGGUUUCACAGGUAGUAAAUGUGAACAUCCAACUACGAAGAUAAUCUUAUCGUAUGAUAAAAAUAUCGUUUUGCCGCAGACGAUGACAUUACGAAUUCCAUUCAUAAAAAAAACAACGAUCGUUUAUUGGGCACAUUCAUUUCAUGUCGCUUUUCUGGAAUUGACAAAUAAAAUUUUUCAUUUAAUUACCGUUCAAAAGACGUACGACGCAUCGGCGGAAAUCUUUUACACGAUUAAUACAACAAAUCGUUGCAAACGUUUCAAUGAAUUAGUAGAGACAAGUAUUGCUGAAUCACAUUUAAUUCGUCGAAUAAAAUAUUACCAUUUCGUAUGUCGACAGCAUGCACAUUUACUAUGCUUCUCAGAUAUUGAUUUCUUUUGUUUAUGCACUGACUUUGAUCAUCAACGUUUAGCGAACUGUUUCGAAUUCGAUCAAAGGAAACAAUACGAUUGUUUCGGUCGAAGCAAUUGUGAAAAUGGAGCGCAAUGUGUUCAAGACAGAUCGACUUGUCCCAAAACAUCCAUGUGCAUCUGUCCAUCGUGUUACUACGGCACUCGAUGUCAAUUUUCAUCCGACGGAUUCGGUCUGACACUUGACGGAAUUUUAGGUUAUCACAUUCAACCUCAUAUCAGCAUCUACCGACAAUCUUUAAUUGUCAAUAUCAGUUUAGCAUUUACGAGUAUUAUUACCAUCGCUGGAAUGAUUAAUGGCAUUCUGAUGAUAGUUACGUUUAAGAGCAAAAAAUUACGACAGAACGGUUGUGGAAUGUAUUUGUUGUAUACAUCGAUUGGCAAUAUAGUUACGAUUGUAUUUUUUGCAUUGAAAUUUUUUAUUCUAUUUAUCGCACAAAGAACAUAUCUGACGAAUCAAUUGUUUUUACGUUGUCAAUGUGUUUCAAUUGAUUUUCUUCUACGCAGUAGUAUUCAAAUAACUCAAUGGUUACAAGCAUGUGUGGCAAUUGAACGAGUCAUAGUUGCUCUCGAAGGCGUCAAAUUCAACCAAGCGAAGAGCAAACAAAUAGCGACGUAUGUUACUCCGUUCGUUGUCAUUUUCGGUACUCUGACAACCCUUCAUGAUCCAUUUCAUCGCCGUCUGAUCGAUGAAGAUGAUAAUGAUGAAGAAAGAAAACGAAUCUGGUGUAUUGUUGUUUACCCACCUACUGUCAAGUUUCUAAAUUCAUUUCUAAAUAUUUUUCAUUCAUUUGUGCCUUUUAUCAUCAAUAUCCUCACUACAAUUAUCAUCAUUGUCAAAACAGCUCAACGACGAGUAGAUCUCGCACCUGAUCAACAAUAUUUUCGGCUGGUUAUUGCACAAAUACGGGCACAUCGUCAUCUGUUUACUUCAUCGGUUAUUCUAGUCGUUCUUGCUUUACCACAUCUAAUCAUAUCGUUUGUUUCCGGUUGUAUGAAAUCAGUCAACGAUUCGGAAUUGCUUCUUACUGGUUAUUUUAUUUCAUUCAUUCCAUCGAUUCUCACCUCUGUCAUAUUCAUCGUACCAUCGAAGGCGUAUAAAGAAGAGUUCUGGCAAUCCAUGAAACAGUAUCGAACAAGAUUACAAGCUUUGCUAUUUUGA